AUGGCUGUUAUCAACUCUUCUGAGAAUCUCUCCGAUGAGCUCAAGGCCGACCUCGCUCGCGUUGACGCAUCUGGUCUCGACCCCGGAUACGAGCGAAAGAUCUUCUUGGUCAACAAGGUACUGCAAGAGGAGAUUGGUAUGGGCAAGUUCCAAUGGCAACUGUUCGCCCUGUCCGGCUACGGUUGGCUCGUCGACAACAUCUGGCUCCAAGGUGUCGCCAUCAUUCUUCCCCAAGUAGGCAACGAGUUCUUCGACGCCCAGCACACCCCAUGGAUGACCUUCUCCCUCUACAUGGGUCUCAUCACCGGUGCCGCCCUCUGGGGAAUCGUCGCAGACAUCAUCGGCCGUCGUCCCUCAUUCAACGCCACGCUCUUCAUCGGCGGUGUCUUCGGUGUAGCAGCAGGUGCCGCCCCUUCAUUCACGGCUCUCGGCGGUCUCCUCGCAGCUCUUGGUUUCGGUGUCGGUGGAUCCCUGCCCGUCGACGGCAUGCUCUUCCUCGAGUUCAUCCCGGGAUCCCACCAGUACCUCCUCACGCUCCUCUCCGUCUUCUGGGCUAUCGGCCAGCUCAUCUCCUCUCUUCUCGCUUGGGCCUUCAUCGCCAACUACUCGUGCACCGGCUCUAACUCAAACCCGCAGCCCGACCCGACCGUCGCCCCUCAAUACUGCGACGUCUCGACCAACAACGGCUGGCGCUACACCUUCUACACUCUGGGCGCCAUCACCCUCACCGGCUUCUUUUUGCGCUUCCUCAUGUUCCAGCUGCCCGAGUCGCCCAAGUACCUCCUCUCGCAAGGUCGCGACGCUGAAGCCGUCGCUGUUCUCCGUGACAUCGCCCGCCGUAACGGCAAAGAACUUCCUGAGGACGUCAUGUCCCUCGCUAUCCUUCGCGCCGCUGCUGGUGAAGAGCACAAUGAGGCCGAAGACGACGCCCUCCCCGUCGUCGACAAUGGCCUCAAGUCAGUUGCUCGCGACUUUAUGCGCAUCCCCAGCGACCUCGUCAAGUCCGUCAAGGGAAUGAACGCUCAGUCAUUCAAGCCCAACAUGGCUCACAUCAACCCCUUGUUCGCGACUAAGAAGGUGGCAUACAACACCAUUACUCUCUGGCUCAUCUGGGGCUUCAUCGGUCUCGCCUACCCGCUGUACAACUCCUUCCUUCCCACCUACCUCAACGAACGCUUCGUCGGCUCAGGAGUAGCAACGGCCGCAUCCACUGACGCAACCUACCGCGACUAUGCCAUCAUCUCAGCCUGCGGUGUCCCCGGAUCGAUCAUCGCUGCCUGGCUCGUCGAGCUGCCCCGCUCAGGACGUCGUGGUGCCCUCGCCGUCUCCACUCUCUUGACUGGAGUCUUCGUCUUCGCCGUCACCGGCGCAUCGACGGACACGGCCUACCUUGGCCUGAACUGCGCCAACUCCCUCGUCCAGAACAGCAUGUACGGUGUCCUCUACCACAUGACGCCCGAGUCUUUCCCCGCUCCCGCACGAGGAACGGGUGACGGAGUCGCCUCGAGCUUGAACCGUGUCUUCGGUUCCAUGGCGCCCAUCAUCAAGAUCUACGCUGGCACAAAAGCACCUUCAGCACCCGUCUUCACCUCGGCGGCCAUCUUCUGUCUGGCUGCUUUCCUGGCUGCCACUCUCACUGUGGAAGGCCACGGCAAGUCGGCGCUGUAA